CGGCUUCUAGUGACAUCCACGCUACGACGAGCUGAAGCGGUUAUUUACGUUCCGAUGUUACGAACGGUCCCCUGACCUGAGCUCUAACCACUGUUACACCUGAGUGAAGGCGCUGCCCCUAGUUUGUUGUUCUCCGGAGUCACUCCCAGACUGACGCCAUAAGCCAGACCAGCUUGGUUUUCGGUGAGUCUAUUGCUAUGCUAUCAUCGGUUCCCACCAGGCUAUUUGCGCGAAGGUCGCGCAGCCUGUCACCGUGCAGUCGUGUGCUUCAGACCAGCGCCAGCGGUGGCGCGUGCCAGGGCAUCCGCGAGACUCCGGCGGAGGCCAAGCGCAACCCCAUCGUGUCCACUUCCAGGGUCUCCAGGAGGGGGAUUUUGGCUGAGGAGACUGCUGGAAACAGCUUGAAACCAUCGAUGCAGUACCACCACCUCGCCCCUAGAUGGCUGUCCAACCUGGAGAAUCGCCGCAGUUCCUGGGCGGCUCUGGCCAGCAGAGGUCGUAACAACAACCAGUACUGGGAGGAAAGCGGCGGGGACAGGGGAACAGGUGGAGGACCCAUGCGGGCAGGAGUAGCCUCAGCCGGUGUCCUCUCUGCUGCGGCUGUGGCCUUCUGUCUGAAGAAAGACCCCGAUAACAAAGAUGAUGCUCUUUUGGAAGCAGCAAGGACCAAUAAUGCUCAGGAUGUAGCCAGGCUGUUAAAAGAGGGGGUGGAUCCGAAUCAUCGCCACCGUCUCGGCUGGACCGCUCUCAUGGUGGCCGCUAUGAAUCGACAGUACAGCGUGGUGAAAGUCUUACUUGAAGCUGGUGCCGACCCAAAUGCCGGUGAUCACUUCAACAAUGUUUACGACACAUCACGGGAGAAAGGGAUCCACUCACUGGAAGUCUUGGUGUCCAGAGAGGACGAGUUCAGCAGCAGGCUGAGCAGCAGGGCUGGUUUCCGUGGCUGCACAGCGCUUCACUAUGCUACGCUGGCAGAUGACCCACGCGCUGUACGCAUGCUGCUUGAGGCUGGUGCCAACCCCCUGCAGACCAAUGGUGUGGGACACACAGCACGGGCCUAUGCUAAGGAGGGAGAAGUGAGCACUUUGCUGCAGGAGUGGGAGGGCAAGUUUCUGGAGUUACAGGCUCGGCGAGAGGCAGAGGAAAGGAGGAGGUUCCCCCUGGAGAGGAGGCUGAAGGAGCACAUCAUUGGACAGGAGGGGGCCAUCAAUACGGUGGCUUCAGCCAUCAGGAGAAAGGAGAACGGCUGGUACGAUGAAGAACAUCCCCUCGUAUUCCUCUUCCUGGGCUCAUCGGGAAUCGGAAAGACGGAGUUGGCUAAACAGGUGGCUCGUUACAUGCACAAGGACAUUAAAAAGGGUUUCAUCCGCAUGGACAUGUCGGAGUUUCAGGAAAAGCACGAGGUGGCAAAGUUCAUUGGCUCUCCACCGGGAUAUGUGGGACAUGAAGAAGGCGGUCAGCUGACCAAGCUGUUGAGGGCGUGUCCUAACGCUGUUGUCUUGUUUGAUGAAGUGGAUAAGGCCCACCCCGAUGUCCUCACCAUCAUGCUGCAGCUCUUUGAUGAGGGUCGUCUUACAGACGGUAAAGGAAAGACAAUCGAAUGCAAAGACGCCAUCUUCAUCAUGACGUCGAACGUCGCAAGUGACGAGAUAGCCCAGCAUGCAUUGCAGCUCCGCCAGGAAGCCGAGCAGGUCAGCCGCAGGAAGCUGGCCGAUAACCUCGAGGACGUACAGAAAAGUGAUGACAUUAAAAUCUCCAGACAGUUUAAAGAAUCUGUGAUUCGGCCAAUCCUGAAGGCUCAUUUCCGGAGGGACGAGUUCCUGGGCCGUAUCAAUGAAAUCGUCUACUUCCUGCCAUUCUGUCACUCAGAGCUGCUACAGCUGGUCAGCAAAGAGCUCAACUUCUGGGCCAAAAAGGCUAAACAGCGGCAUGAUAUCACUCUUCAGUGGGAUCGUCCAGUACUGGACCUGUUAGCAGGCGGCUACAACAUGCAUUAUGGAGCUCGUUCCAUCAAGCAUGAGGUUGAGAGGAGAGUCGUCAACCAGUUAGCCGCAGCGUACGAGCAGGAGCUGCUGCCCAAAGGCUGCACGCUGCGUCUGUCUGUCCAAUCAGAAGGCCAGAAAGAGUACGGCACGCCCAGCCUGCGCCUCGAAGUGGUUGGAGAGGACAGCUCAUCGAGAACGCUGGACAUCCGUCCACCACUCAGCCCUGAACACUAACAACAAAGGAUUAAAAAUGCGAGCAUACACUGAACAAAAGAACAUGUUGGAUUUACUUCAUUCAGUAGUGGACAUUAGAUGCACACAGAUGUUUUGCUAUGGCAGCAACUUAAACAGAGUUAAAUUAACACUAGUUAUUCGUAUUCAAUAAACCUGUGCAAUGUGUGUUGAUCAAAUGUGAUUGAAACGUUGAAAUGUUUUGAUGAAGUAAUUUGAGCUCUUGGAAUACUUUAAUCCUUCACAAUUUUCUCACUUUAUUCAAACACUAUUCAAUAACUUUAACCAAAUACUACAUGUUAGUAUUAUAUUCUAGUAUGAAAUACACAAUUUUCCAAUGGAGGCCUUAUAACAGAUUGUAUUGUUCUCUUCCAAGUUGCCAGUAUCCACUAGUAACCUUUCAAAACAAAAUGUCUAAUAUCACUGCAGGUAAAGCAGGGGUCUCAAACUCGUGGCCCGGGGACCACUUGCGGCCCACAUCACCCUUACUUGCAGCCCGUAUAUUGACAUGAAGAAAUAUAAUGCAAUUUGGUCCUUGAAGUUACUUUUGUUAGGGAGGAUUUGUUUGUUGUUGAGUGCAAUGUUAAAAUAAGUUCUUUAAAAGCAAAAACGUACUUAAUAUGAAGGCAAUAUGAGCAGAGAGCACAAACAUGUUUACCGAUUGACUGUUAGUUCAGUGAGAGAGUUAUUUGCAAAGAAAACAAUUUUCACUGGCAGUCAAAAACUAAUGUGUACACUUAUGUCUGCAUUUUUAUUUUGUUUGUAUUUAACAAAAUAAUAGCAGAAGUGCUGCCACGGGUCUGGCCAGAAAGAGAGUACCAAUUUGUUUAUUUGGUAGUUCAAUGAAAGGCUUCAGUUAAGAGUGAGAAGGAAAAAAAAAAUUGCGUUCACAUUUGCACUUUUGUUUAUACAAUAUUUGAAAUUUAAAAACACAAAACAAAACACUGCAUUUUCAGAAUUAUUUGUGGGGGGUUUUAUACUACUUGAACACUAAUGUGGCCCUCCAAUGAGAUGACAGUGCCCACAGCUCAUUUAAGUUUGAGACCCCUGAGGUAAAGAAUUGAACUGACAUUACUCCUCUACUGAAAUACGUCAGCUUUUCAGUGUUUUGUUGAAUCAGUCAUGGCAUAGGAAUUAGGCCUUUUCAUUUGAAAAAUGUUACAAGUAACCAUCUUGGAAGAGAACAAUACAAAAAAUUCUGCUUAAGGCCUCUGAUGUCAAGAUUCAGUUUGACAACAAUUAUAACUAAACAAUUUGACG